AUGUCUGACUUGACCAUCGCACUCCCCGCUGGCUUCUACCGCCUUGGUGGCUUCAACGACAACGGUAUCGACGUUUACCACAAUGGUAGCGAUGGUUUCUCGACGGAAUUUGGCAGCUUUACCAACUUUGACCGACUCAAUGAAAACGUCAACCCGUUCAACCCCUCUCUCUACCACAAGAAGAUGGAGGAACUCGUCAACUCGAGCUUGCCCCGUACGCCUCUGUCCGACCGAACCAACGCGGAAAACGGCGUGCUGUCGGCCCGGCUCAACCGCUCACGUGACGGUCUCGAAUGGACCGUCUGGAUCACUCCCCACUGGAACACUCCCAAGCUCUCCCCUGGUCGUACUGCCACCUCGUACCUUCUCGAAGUACUGAGCCCCCGCACUCCGCCCUCGUCUCCCCCAUCCAUCCCCAAGUCGUUCACGGUCCUCAACAUCGAGGAGAUUCCCAUUUGGAUUGACACUCCCGACACGCCCAUGACUCCCACUGAACAGCGCGACUUUUUCGAACCCUCGAACAGUCCCUACUCGUCCCCCCCCUUACCGUCGGUCCGCUCGUCGUCAUUCGACCUCCAACUCCACGACCCCCCUCUCCGAGAUCCCCAUGUCUUCCUCCAACCCCACGACCCCAACGCCCACUGGACGCUCUGCUCCGUACACCCGCCGCGUCCUCCUCCUCUGGUCCCAUUCGUAGUCACCGCAGCGUUUCUGGGUCUCGCGCCAGGCACCUCUAAGCCCCAAUUCCAGCUCAUCGCGCACUACAGGCGCCUUUAUCAUCAUGUCCUCUUCCGCAUUGUCCGCCUCUCAAACACACUCGUUUAG